AUGGCACCGCCGGAUCCGUUGAUGCAAAUGAAUACGUACAGAUCGUACGUGACCAUGCUGGCCGAUCCAGUGUCGAAAGACGAACUGAAACUGAAGGCCGCUCAAGAAUUGUCGGAGAACUUCGAAGUCAUCAUGUGUUCUUCGCAAUAUCCAGCGUUUCUUGAUCACAUGAUGAAGAUCUUUUUAAAGAUACUUCAGGAGGGUGAACCGCAUUUCAUAUCGGAGUACAAUAUUCAGCAAGUUCGAAAACUGAUUUUAGAGAUGAUCCACCGGUUACCCAGUAAUGAAUGCCUACGUCCGUACGUGAAACAAAUUUUAAGUCUGAUGUCGAAAUUAUUGGAGACUGAUAACGAAGAGAAUGUGCUGGUUUGUCUGAGGAUCAUCAUCGAGUUGCACAAACAGUACAAACCGACUUUUAACCCAGAGAUACAGUAUUUUUUGCAAUUUGUGAAGUCGGUGUACAGUGAGUUACCAAAGAACUUGCCAAAAAUAUUCGAGCCUCGGCCACCGCUGAGGGUAAAAGAUUUAUCGGAAAUAAAUAUAGAUGCACUGUUGAAGGAAACAUUCACGAUCACGGCCAUACAGAGCGAGAAGAAAACAGCGGACGGAACUGUAGUGACGUAUAAUCUAAUACCAAAAGCGGUGCUGUCUCUCAAAGUUCUUCAGGAACUGCCUAUUAUAGUUGUACUUAUGAACCAGUUGUACAAGCAGAAUGUCCACCAGGACGUAUCCGACUUCAUACCACUCGUGAUAACAAUUAUAACUUUGCAGCCAAGUCCCCAGCACAGGGCAUCCCCUGGCUUUAAUAAAGAAGUCUUCGUUGACUUUAUGGGCGCCCAAAUCAAAACCCUGUCGUUCCUGGCCUACGUAAUCAGGGUUUAUCAAGAUGUAGUAUCUCAACACAGCUCGAUACUGGUAAAAGGUAUCCUAGGCUUAUUCACAUUGUGCCCGAUGGAAGUGGCGCACUUGAGAAAGGAAUUAGUAAUCGCGUCGAGGCACAUUCUGGCCACGGAUCUGCGAAACAAAUUCAUACCGCACAUGGAGUGCUUCUUCGACGAAGAUAUCUUCAUCGGACGAGGCUGGACCACUCACGAAUCUCUCAGGCCUCUGGCUUAUUCGACAUUGGCAGAUCUGGUUCAUCACGUUCGUUUGUUAUUACCACUGAGCGAUGUAUCCAGAGCUGUACAUCUUUAUAGUAAAAAUUUAUUGGAUCAGAGUCUCCCAACAGCCGUUCAGAUGGUAUCUUGUAAAUUAUUAAUGAAUCUGGUGGACACUGUGAGGCAAAGGUCAGAUGCAGAGAACAGCACCCAGGGCAGAGAGCUUUUAAUGAGGAUUUUACUCGUAUUCGUUUUGAAAUUCAAGACUAUAGCGAAGAUUUAUAUACCGAUUUUACGAAACAAGGCUAAACAGAUGACACCGCCUGCGUUAGAUAUAAAAACAGAAGACGUGAAGCCUGUUAUAGCCGAUUUGAACGAAGAGAAAGAGUCCGGGAAGUCUAAAUUUGGAUUUCCUUCGUCACAGGCGAUGAGCUACAACGUGGCUGAUUAUAGAAACCUGGUGAAAAGCUUGGUGCACGGUGCAAAGGCCAUCACGGCAAACUGUAUAAACAGUAAAACUGGCGAGGUGACGCAAUCGAAUCAGUUUCAAACGAAGGAGACCCUCGUUUACAUAAAAUUAGUAAAGUGGGCUUUGCCAGCAUUGGAUAUCUAUACUAUAGGCCCACCGACUGCUGGGACUAUAGCGCAGCCUGGCAGGCCAGCCCAAUCCCAGACGAUACGGACGCGGGAGGAGAAGGAAGUGUUGGAGCUUUUCGGAAACGUUUUUACUCAGAUGAACCCGCAGACAUUCCAAGAAAUAUUCUCGACGUCAAUCGACUACAUGGUCGAGAGGAUCUUCAAGAAUUGCGCGUUACAGAUUAUCGGAAGUGCCUUUUUAUCCAGCCCGACGAUAUCGUCCACGUUCGCAACGAUAUUAGUCGAGUAUUUAUUAGAGAGAAUGGGUGACAUGGGCUCGAACGUCGAGAGGAGCAACUUGUAUCUGAGACUGUUCAAACUGGUGUUCGGCAGCGUGUCUCUCUUCCCCGCUGAGAACGAACACAUGCUCAGGCCGCACUUGAAUCAGAUCGUGAAUCGAGCUAUAGAACUAGCCAUGUCGGCGAAGGAACCUUAUAACUAUUUCCUUUUACUGAGAGCUCUAUUCAGAUCCAUCGGUGGUGGUUCUCACGAUCUCUUGUAUCAGGAAUUUUUACCCCUACUCCCGAAUAUGUUGGAAGGAUUGAAUAGAUUGCAGUCGGGUUUGCACAGACAGCAUAUGAAAGAUUUGUUCGUCGAGUUGUGUCUGACGGUACCUGUGAGACUCAGUUCGCUUCUUCCUUACCUCCCAAUGCUGAUGGAUCCUUUGGUCUCAGCUUUGAACGGGAGCUACAGCUUAGUCAGUCAAGGGUUACGGACUCUCGAGUUGUGCGUGGACAAUCUUCAACCUGAUUUCCUUUAUGAGCAUAUACAACCGGUGCGAGCUGAUUUGAUGCAAGCGUUGUGGAGAACGUUACACAAUCCGACGGACCAAGCGCACGUCGCAUUCCGCGUUCUCGGUAAAUUCGGCGGUGGCAACAGGAAAAUGAUGAUCGAACCACAGAAACUCGAUUAUAAUGACCGAGAGACGAACUCGCCAGCCGUCGUCGUGUAUUUCCAAGAACCUACCAAGCCAAUAGAUUUCCCAGUGGAAAAAGUAAUCGAAACUGCUUUCAAUGCCUUAAAGUCCAACAGCACGGAUUCGUUUUAUCGUCGACAGUGCUGGGAGGUGAUUAAUUGCUACUUGUCUGUCUCGUUACGUUUAGACGACAAUAACGCCGUUUUACAUAAAUUGCUGACGCAUCCCAGUUUCAAAGAAGGGAAGAUCCCGCAUCAACGCGGUCCUCACUACCAGUGCCCCGACGCUGUCGCGAGGAACGUUCAGCAAACAGCUUUAACCGGAUUAUUCGUUGCGUCAGAGAUUAAAGAAUUGAGAUCCUCGGUGAUAGACACAGUCGUAUCAAUCGUGAGGCACUAUACUAUGGUGGCUAUAGCGCAACAAGCUGGCCCUUUCUGCUUAACUGGGAAGCAAAUCCGCAUGCAGGGUCAAGAUCCUUUAGUUCUCAUCGACGCUUUGGCCGUGAUUAUGGGUCACGAGGAAAAAGAAUUAUACAAAGCCGGACAUCUGUCCCUCGUUUUGAUUCUUGAAACUGCGACCAGUAUUCUUGGAUCAAAAGAAAGAGCCUGUCAGUUGCCUUUAAUGGAAUAUUUGGCUGAGAAAAUGUGUUCCCUUUGCUACGAGCGUGCUUGGUACGCUAAACUAGGUGGCUGCAUCGCGAUCAAGUUCCUAUUCGAAAGAAUGGCAACGAAAUGGGUUCUGAAUCAUCUCUUCGUGUUCUUAAAAGCGCUAAUGUUCGUGAUGAUGGAUUUAACGGAGGAAGUGUCGAACGGAGCUAUAGAUAUGGCGAAGGCGAACUUGGAGAAGAUGUUGAGGGUCUGCGUGAACCCUGGAAUUCAAGAUGGAAACACGGAACUGAUCGAGGCUCAAAAUAAAAGCUUAUACGAAGUCACUCACGAAUUAGUGAGACAAGUAACGUCGCCACAUACUUUAGUAAGAGAACAAGCUAUGGCUUCGUUGAGGCUUCUCGCCGAGAUACAGAGUAAGACCGUGACCGAGGUAAUGGAGCCACAUAAGGAAGUCUUGGCGGAUAUGAUUCCGCCCAAGAAACAUUUGCUGAGACAUCAGCCAGCCAAUGCUCAGAUCGGUCUGAUAGAUGGAAACACGUUUUGCACAACGCUGAACCCGCGUUUAUUUACGAUAGAUCUCACAGAGCACGACGUCUUCUUCCAAGAGCUCUUAGCGCUCAGCGAAGCGGAGGAUGCCAAUCUGAACAAGCUACCUUGCUACAAGUCCGUUUCCAAUCUGAUACCACUCAGAAAAUCAGCUCUGAGGGCUCUAGCCGCGUGUCAUUACAUUGUAUCUUGUAGAGAAAGAAUUUUCGGGGUUCUAUAUAAAGCUCUGGAAAAACCGAACGCCGAAUUGCAAGAGGCCGCCUUCGAGUGUAUGCAGAAGUUCAUAGCUGGCUUCCAAAUCGAUAUGCAGUCAGUUCACGCUAUCAUGAGGCCUAUGCUGUUGACUCUGGGCGAUCACAGGAAUUUAAGCUUGAAUUGCGUUAAAAGACUUUCGUAUUUGACGCAGCUGUUCCCAAGCACGUUCAGCACCGCUCUUUGCGAGCAGCUGUUACAGCAUUUGAAAAAGCUCUUGGAAAAUUUAAUCCAAACGCACAAGGGGAUUUCCAAAUCCGGUGAGAACGAGCAGAAAAUAGCUACGAUCAUUGGGAUCUUCCACGAGAUUCCUGCUGCGACUCCAGUGUUCAUUGAUAUACUCUGUCGACUCGUUUUGCAAACGGAAAAAUCGUUGAUGGUCGAAGUGUCCAGCCCGUUUCGUAUCCCUUUGAUGAAAUUCUUGUUACGAUACCCAACGGACACGUUAAAUCUAUUUUUGCAUGAUAACAAUAUCAAGGAUCAACAGUGGAGUAGAUACUUGGAGUUUCUUAUCAAGCAAAAAGAUGGGAAACCGUUUCGUGACGUUUUGCAUAACAGCACGGCGAGAUUGAUAACCAUGCUGCUUGCUCAUUCCCAGACGAAUUCGAACCUGACCCACAGCGAGAAAAGCGAGCUUCAGCACCAAGCUAUCAAAAUUAUCGCUAUAUUGAUUAAAUUCGAUGAUCAGUGGCUGUCGACCCAAAGUCAAUUAGUCGGUGCACUGAAGCAAAUCUGGUGCAACGACGAGUACCAAGCAUUGCAUAAGAAAGUAGAAAGCGUUGAAUAUUGCCACUGGAAGGAACCUAAACUUAUUGUGAAGAUCUUGUUGCACUAUUUUCGUCACCAUCCAAACGACAUCGAUUUACUAUUUCAAUUGUUGAGAGCGACUUGCGACCGAUUCAUUCCCGACUUUCAAUUCCUGAGAGACUUCUUAGAGCACACAGUUGCUCAGGAGUACACGGUCGAGUGGAAGCGAAGCGCCUUCUUCAGAUUCGUUGAUCACUUCCCUACAAAUAAUUUGUCUCAAGAGUUAAAAGCCAACGUAUUGCAGUUGAUAGUAAUCCCCUGCUUCGCCGUGAGCUUUGAGAGGGGCGAGGGUACGAAAUUGAUCGGAGGAGCGCCCAUGCCUUACCAGGACAAUCCGGAAAACGUGGUUUCCGUGUUCAUCAGUAAGGUCAUUGAUCCAGAUAAUCCGUUUGGUUCCGCAGACUGCGUUCGUAUCUCAUUGCUGCAAUUUUCCUGUCUUUUCGUCGAGCAAGCUUUGCAGCAUAUUCACGACGUCAGCAAUAAAAGGCAGGGGAAUAAAUUGCGGAGGUUGAUGGCUUUCGCCUGGCCAUGCCUCCUAGGCAAGAACUGCGUCGAUCCGACGACCAGAUAUCACGGCCAUCUACUCCUCAGUCACAUAAUCGCGAAGUUCGCCAUUCACAAGAGAAUAGUUCUUCAAGUUUUCCACAGUCUAAUCAAAGCUCACGCUCUCGAUGCGAGGAACGUCGUGAGGCAGGCGCUGGAAAUCUUGACCCCCGCGAUGCCUGUUAGGAUGGAGGAUGGUAAUACUAUGUUGACUCAUUGGACUAAGAAAAUCAUCGUCGAGGAGGGGCAUUCUAUGCAACAGUUGUUCCAUAUUCUUCAAUUAGUAGUCAGACACUAUAAAGUAUACUAUCCCGUCAGGCACCACUUGGUUCAGCACAUUGUGAACUCAAUUCAAAGACUGGGAUUUAGUCCGACGGCUACUAUAGAACACAGGAGGCUGGCCGUCGAACUGGCGGAAGUGAUUAUCAAAUGGGAAUUGCACAGGAUCAAAGACGAGGCGGAAAGUAACGAUCCUACUAGUAAUAAAUCUAUGGCAGGUUCCGUUAAACGUUCCGUUCCGACGAACGAAGAUGCGAGUGGUACCAAGCGAAUGACCUCUCAAGCGGCCACUGGAAGUGCGGCGGUUCCCGUAAUUUUACCAAGAAUAGAGCCAGGCUCGACGAAGCCUAUUGAAAGGAAUCAUGCAGACGCGAUUCUGAAUUUCUUGCUUCGAUUAGCUUGUCAGGUGAACGACGUCACCACGGUUCAUGGAAAUCCUGGAGAACAACUGUCGAGACGUUGCGUAGCUCUUUUGAAAAUGGCCUUGAAGCCCGACGUCUGGCCACAGUCAUGCGAUCUUAAGUUAGCUUGGCUGGAUAAAGUGCUGGCUAGCGUCGACAGUGCUCAACCGAACUACGGCAACAUCUCAACAGCUCUGGAAGUAUUAACGUUCUUAUUGGGUGUUAUGAAGAGGGAGCAAAUAUUGGCGAGCUUCAAGCCUUUGCAGAGAGGCAUAGGUGCCUGCAUAGCGAGCAGCAAUACCAAAGUAAUUCGUUUGGUUCACGGUCUACUGUCUCGUUUGAUGACUAUCUUCCCUGCUGAGCCAACUUCGUCGACGGUCGCAUCCAAAUACGAAGAAUUGGACACCUUGUAUACAACCGUUGGCAAAUUUGUAGUCGACGGAUUGGCGACGUACGAAAAGAACACUACGGCUACUCCAAGUACUUUGUUCGGUACUUUGAUGAUGUUGAAAGCUGCUUGUACGAAUAAUCCGAGUUACAUCGAUCGAUUAAUAACUCCGUUCAUGAGAGUUCUCCAUAGAAUGGCUAAAGAUCACCUACUUUCGGCUCAGGCAGAAGCCAAUCCCGUCGGUAGCGAGUUAUUAAUUCUGAGUUUAGACCUUGUCAAAAAUCGCGUGGUCGUAAUGGGCGUAGAAAUGAGAAAAUCCUUCAUUGGUUCUAUCCUGGUUGGCUUGAUCGAGAAAACGCAGGACAUCAAAGUUAUGAAAGCUAUUACGAAAAUGCUUGAGGAGUGGAUGAAGAAUAAAAAUCCGAUUGCGAUGAAUCAGGCGCCCAGCCUUCGAGAAAAAUCGAUCCUUCUGGUCAAGAUGAUGCAAUACGUGGAGAAACGGUUCCCCGAUGACCUGGAGUUGAACAGACAAUUUUUGGAACUGGUCAAUUAUAUCUACAGGGAUGAGACUCUGAAAUCUUCUGAAUUAACUUCGAAAUUAGAACCCGCGUUUCUCUCUGGCCUGAGAUGCGUUCAACCGCAGAUACGAGCGAAAUUCUUCGAGGUAUUCGAUGGCUCGAUGAGGCGACGAUUGCACGACAGACUCCUGUACAUCAUCUGCAGCCAAAGUUGGGACGCGAUAGGUCCUCACUAUUGGAUCAAGCAAUGCAUCGAACUGCUACUCGUCACUGCUAAUUCGACUACGCAAAUACAAAUGUCUAAUCAGGACACUUUAUUGCCGAGCGUCACUUCAGUGAUAAGCAUGGCAGACAGCGAGGAGCGGAAAAAUUUCAUGUUGUACUCUUCCAUAAAAGAAGAACCUCAGGACCCUCCGGAGUCCGUGGACAUAAAGGACGAGAUUCUAGACAUAGAUUUAUCAAACGUGGAUCCUACAAACCUUACCGAAGAAAUGAUCUUCACCGGAAAGAUAACGCUGCCGCAGUUGAUUGCCAAACAAGGAGAGUUUAUAGAAUGCGCGAAGAAGACUAAAACCGAGCAAUUAUUAUUGGCUACGGCACAGCUCUGCCACAUGGAUACAAAUUUGGCUGAACGCGUUUGGCUAGAUACUUUCCCGAGAAUUUGGAGUAUCCUCGACGAACACCAGCACAAUACUUUGAUCGCUGAAGUGGUCCCGUUUAUCUGCAGCGGGACACAUGUUAUACAGAAGGAUUGUCAUCCUAGCGCUAUAGCAACGUUCGUCGAGGCGAUUUCGCAUUGCAACCCGCCGGUGCCGAUGAGACCAGCGUUGAUGAAAUACUUAGGCAGGUCUCACAAUCUUUGGCACAGGAUGACCCUGAGUUUAGAGCAAAUGGCGUUCGACAACGGGAACAAUCAGUUUAAGAUAAAACGAGAAUCGGAUUGCUACGACUUCGAGCCUGACAGCAGUCCUCAUGCUGAAAUUAUGGACUCCUUGUCGGAUAUGUACUCCUUGCUGUGCGAGGAAGAUAUGUGGUCCGGUCUUUGGCAAAAGCACGCUCAUUACAAAGAGACGUUGCAAGCCACCGCUUUGGAGCAGCAAGGAUUCUUCGAACAAGCUCAGGGCGCUUAUGACGUCGCGAUGACCAAAUUCAAACAAGAUUACGUAUCUACGCCGGCUCCGUUUAAAAUACAACGGGAAGCUAUGUUGUGGGAACACCAUUGGAUAAGAUGUGCGAAGGAACUGAAUCAGUGGGACCUGUUACUGGAUUACGGUAGCAAGAAAGCGGAAAAGAAUCCUUUUCUGAUAUUAGAGAGCUCAUGGCGAAUUCCUAACUGGAGUAUGAUGAAGGAAGCUCUUGCUCAGGUCGAGCAUAAUUGCCCAAAGGAGAUGGCCUGGAAGGUGAAUCUGUACCGAGGCUUCCUGACAAUAUGCAACAGUGAAGAUCAACAUCUGAACACCGUGGAACGCUACGUAGAACUAGCUUCUGGCCUUUGUAUGCGUGAAUGGCGAAGGUUGCCUCACAUAGUGAGCCACGUACACCUACCAUUGCUUCAGGCAGCUCAACAGAUAAUGGAACUCCAAGAAGCGAUGCAGAUUCAUCAGGGAUUGUUGCACGAAGCGCGGCGGAGCACGUCGUUGCACGAUAUGAAAGCCAUUGUGAAGACUUGGAGAAACCGGUUGCCUGUGAUAGCCGACGACCUGAGUCAUUGGUCGGAUAUUUUUACCUGGCGACAACAUCACUACACCUUCAUCUCGAGUCACUACGACUCCCAGCAGGAUCAAACAACGAAUCACUCAAUGCUCGGAGUGCACGCCUCUGUCCAAGCUAUAAUCCACUUCGGGAAGAUAGCUAGGAAGCAUAAUCUCUGCGGCGUGUGCUUGGACUCCCUAUCAAGGAUUUACACGAUUCCCAGCGUGCCUAUCGUCGACUGUUUCCAGAAAAUCAGACAGCAGGUGAAGUGUUACCUGCAGAUGGCCUCGGUCAGUGGGAAGAACGAGCUGCAGGAAGGUCUAGAAGUGAUCGAGUCGACGAAUUUACGAUACUUCACCAAGGAAAUGACCGCGGAAUUCUACGCUUUGAAGGGAAUGUUGUUGUCGCAAUUAGGUCGAUCUGACGACGCGAACAAAGCUUUCUCCGCGGCAGUGCAACUGCACGACACCUUGGUGAAAGCCUGGGCACUGUGGGGAGAUUACCUGGAGUCUAUCUUCACGCGAGACGCCCGACAAAUAUCCAUCGGAAUCUCUGCGAUCACUUGCUUCCUUCACGCGUGCAGACAUCAGAACGAAUCGAAAUCCAGAAAAUAUUUGGCGAAGGUUCUCUGGUUACUCACGUACGAUGAUGAUAAAUCGUCUCUGAUGGAAGCCGUGGAUAAAUAUGCUGUCGGGGUUCCACCGAUUCAGUGGCUGCCGUGGAUACCUCAGUUGCUGAUGUGCUUGGUCAGGCACGAGGGGAACGUCAUUCUGAAUUUACUCAGUCAAGUCGGGAGGAUGUUUCCUCAGGCUGUGUACUUCUCGAUUAGGACUUUGUACCUCACGUUGAAGAUCGAACAACGCGAGAGGUACAAGAGCGCAGAAUUGGCUGCUGGGAAAAAUCAAGAAGAAGGUCGCGGAGCCGCGGGGAAUGUGCAACAACAAGGAGUACCUGAGACGGGGCCGAUUAGGGCUACGCCACCCAUGUGGAGGUGUUCCAAGAUCAUGCAUAUGCAGAGGGACAUCCAUCCUACUAUAUUGUCCAGCUUAGAAGGAAUCGUCGAUCAGAUGGUCUGGUUCCGAGAGACGUGGUACGAAGAAGUCUUGAGGCAGCUGAGGCAAGGUCUGGCGAAAUGCUACGCGAUAGCAUUCGAAAAUCGUGGCGCGGUGAGCGAGGCAACGAUAACACCGCACACGUUAAAUUUCGUCAAGAAACUGGUCUCGACGUUCGGGAUAGGAAUCGAAAACAUAUCCUCGUCUCAAAACGUGAACAACACGUUCGGCUCGGCGGCUUCAGAAUCUCUGGCACGCAGAGCUCAAGCCACCGUUCAGGACCCGGUGUUCCAGAAAAUGAAGGGACAGUUCAAGAGCGACUUCGACUUCACGGUUCCCGGGGCGAGGCUGCUGCACAAUCUAAUCAGCAAGCUGAAGAAGUGGAUCAAGAUUCUCGAAGGGAAAACGAAGCAAUUACCAAAGUCCUUCUUAAUUGAAGAGAAGUGUCGAUUUCUAAGCAACUUCAGUUUAAAAACUGCCGAAGUCGAGCUCCCAGGCGAAUUCCUCCUACCCAAACACUCUCAUUAUUACGUGAGGAUAGCCAGGUUCAUGCCGAGGGUCGAAGUAGUGCAACGACACAACACGGCAGCUAGGAGAUUAAGAAUUCGUGGCCACAAUGGACGGCUGUACCCUUACUUAGUCGUAAACGACGCUGGAUUAGGAGACGCGAGACGCGAGGAACGCGUUUUGCAAUUAUUACGAAUGUUAAAUCACUAUUUGGCUAAACAGAAGGAGACUUCGAGAAGAUUUCUACAUUUCACAGUGCCCAGGGUGGUCGCGGUCUCACCGCAAAUGCGGCUGGUAGAAGACAACCCCGCCUCGGUCUCGUUGCUUGACAUUUACAAACAAGGCUGUGCGAAAUUAGGUAUAGAACACGACGCCCCUAUUGCGAGGUACUACGACCGAUUGGCGACGGUGCAGGCGCGAGGCGCGCAAGCCAGUCAUCAAGUUCUGAGGGAUAUACUGAAAGAAGUGCAAACGACGAUGGUGGCAAAGACAAUGUUGAAAGACUGGGCAGUGAAAACCUUCCCGGGCGCCACGGACUAUUGGACCUUCAGAAAAAUAUUUACUUUGCAAUUAUCUUUGGCUUGCUUUGCGGAGUAUGUGCUUCAUCUGACGAGGUUGAAUCCGGACAUGAUGUACGUCCAUCAGGACUCGGGUUUGAUCAACAUUGCUUACUUUAAGUUUGACGUCGAUGACACGUCCGGCGAGUUAGACGCCAACAGACCAGUUCCUUUCCGGUUAACACCUAACAUCCUAGAGUUCCUUACCAGUACAGGUGUUUCCGGACCAUUGACCGCGAGUGCCAUUGCGACAGCACGUUGUUUAGUUCAACCAUCAUUCAAAGUGCACACGAUUCUCCGCGCGAUUCUCCGAGAUGAAGUGAUCGCUGAUCAUAACAAGAAGCAAGAGGACGCAGAAAACGCAUCGCAGACACCUACAGACAUGAAAGGCGAGCUUCUAAUAACAAUGGUCACGCGAGCAGUUAACGCGAUCGUCGCUAGGUUGAAUUCGUUGGCGAAUUUCGAUGGAACCGACAGUAAAGUCAGCACACUAGUCGCAGCCGCUAAUAGUCACGAUAACUUGUGCAGGAUGGAUCCGUCUUGGCAUCCAUGGCUAUAAAACUGCGUCUUCUUCUCUUAAGAUCGGGCCUACUUAUGCUUCCAAUGUGAAAAAAUACAGAGGAAGUUUGUGAAAUCUCUGAAUCUCAUAAUUUGUACAGUUGUUUAGAAUUAUGAGAUACAGUUACGAUCGUACAUGUUCUUUAUACGUUGGAUUUCCUUUUAAUUGCUUCGUAUAGACGUGUCUUCGAUCUCGAGAAUCAUCGUAAACCGUGUAAAUAUCAUGUAGAAACCAUAGAAAUAUUUUAAUCAUUUACCUGCUCACAUUAAUUACAAUGCGUACGCAUGUCAAUAUUGUGUAUAAAAAUCGUCACCUCGAAGAAUUCACUGUAACAUUUAUGUACAUACAUACUACGGUUAAGCGUAAUUUAUAGUAAUUUGACAAAAAGUGUUUAUAUGUCUAAAGAAGGUAAAAGGAAUAAAGUAUAAGGAAGAAUUACCUUUUUUCAAUA